UGGCCUUGCUGCUGUAUGAUUGAUUUUUCUUUUCUCUUUCCCCUACCCCUCCCUUCCUCUUAUUCUGAUACAGUUGCUGCAGCCCAAGCACAAGCAGAUGAAAGAAGAAGCCAAAGUGUAAAUAGUCCAGUACUUGCUGAUCCACCACCAGUCAUUGUGAAGGCACCAACCAAACCAGUAAUAGAUGGCUCAAUGUUAAAGACUGUUGAGAGACAGCGAUUAGCCAAGGCACGGAGAGAAGAAAAGGAAAAGGAGAUAGCUGUGAAAGAAUAUCAACUGCUAGAGAAAGAGAAGAAAGCACGACUUCAGUACGAGAAGCAAGUGGAAGAACGACAGAAGAAAUUGGAUGAACAAAGGCAAAAGGAGCAACAGAAGCGAGUUGCAGUGGAAGAGAAGAGGAAACAAAAGCAGGAGGAGGAAAAGGAACGCUAUGAAGCUGUGUUGCGACGCACAUUAGAACGGAGCCAGCGCUUGGAGCAGAGACAAAAAAGGUGGUCCUGGGGAGGAGCUAUGUCAACUGAGAUGGAAUCCUCAAAUGGUGUUCCUACCAGUUCCUUAACUCCAUCUCUCAAUCUGUCCGACUGCCCCCCUCCUUCCUCAGACUCUCAGACUUCCACUGAAGAUGGUUCUGCUAUAGACAAACACUCCACUUCCAGUGGGAAUCUCAUGAAGCAAGCAGGGCCAGUAAUGAGUAAGCGAUUGUCUUCCUCCUCAACAGCUCUCCCAAGUUCUCCUGACAAAGGAGAUUCAGCGGAGAAGAAGAGGAGUUCCUCGUUGACUAGAUUGGCCAGUAACCCUCGAUCGUCUACGCAAGUAGACAAACUCCCAAGAGAAGAUCAUCAAGCUCGACGUUCCCAGAACAGUCCCGUGGAGAGUAGUAUAAUCAGCCGACUGCUGACGCCCACGCAGGCCUCCUUAGCUAGGAGCAAGAGUGCCACUGCUUUACAAGAAACUGGACAAGGUUUUGCAGAAUCUCAUCUCUGUCCUCGUUCAGCUUCAGCUGGCCCUGUGAGUUCCCCCAUCAAUCCAGCCAACAAGCCUUUGCGUAGCCGCAGUUCUGAUCGGCAGAAGUCGAUGCCAGGCGCCGAUGCUGGAGUACUAACAUCGGGUGAGACCACACAGAACCAAGUCAAAGAAAAGCGCCCUUCAUCUCCUGGUUCUACAUCAAGCCGUAGACGUUCUCCCUCUCCAAAUAUAGCAAAGAGACCUGUGUCACCUUCGACUACAGGAGCCCGGAGACCCCCUUCACCAUCGACCACAGGAGUAGGGAGAUCCCCAUCACCGACAACAGUCAAGAGAUCAAGUUCGCCGUCAACAGUCAAAUCAAGUCCAAAGAGCCGUCCUCCUUCUCCCAGCACGUUUAGGCAGCACCCUCCGUCCCCGACAUCUGUCCGUAAGCCUCUGCAGCGACUCCCUACUGCUAACCGACUCCCUACUGCUGCCACUGGAGCAACUUUAACCAAAAAGAAAACGGAGAAAGAGGAAAAACCAAAGCAGAAAUCAGAAGUUACCGGUGCAGAGAAAGAUUCCUCCGUAACAUCCAGCAAAUCCAAAGAUUCUGAGCAGAAACCAGGGACCACAUCUGCUGAAGAAGCUGCUAAAAUCCUGGCUGAGAACAGGCGUUUAGCUCGUGAACAGAAGGAGCGUGAAGAGCUGGAGAAACUGCAGUUAGCGGAAGCUGAGAAGCACAAGAAAGAAGAGUUACAGCAGAAGGAGGCAGAAGAGAAUGUUCGCAGGGAAGAAGCAGCCUGUGUGCAGAGAGAAGAGAGAAAGCUUGCAGAAGAGGAGGAUCAAAGAAAGACGGAAGAGGAGAGGCUUUUCCAGGAGCUUGAAGAGCAGGACCGCCUUGCUGACAUAAAGCUCCAGCGAGAGGAGGCAGAGGCGAAAGCUGUGGAAGAAGCUGAGCGGCAGAGACUGGAGCGGGAGCGAAUUAUGCAGCAGAACCAGCAAGAACGUCUCGAGAGGAAGAAGAGAAUUAAAGAAAUUAUGAAGAGAACCAGAAAGGAGGGUCAAGAACAAUCAAAGAAGGAUGAUAUGACACUUGACGCAGCAGCGGAGGAAAGCAGUGAGGAUGAACCCAGGAAUGAGGAUGCAGAUGACGUGGAUAGUACUAAUGGAAUUGAUGAACUACAAGACCUAGCACCAGAUGAAGUGGAGUUGUCUGAUGAAGCUAUGGGAGAUACAACAGGGUUAAAUGCUGUCAACCAGACCAAUAACAUCACAGUGCAUUUGAAUGAGUCAGUGUUGGGUGUAAGUGUGGUACCAAAGGACAACUGUGUUGUAUCGGAGCUUUUACAUGUAAAUGAUGUUGGUGACAGUAUUGUACAUCAGAAUGGAAAGUCAAGUACAUGGAUCAUUGAUGAGUUUAUUGAGCUUGGUGUUUGUUCAAAGACCAAGUUAGCUGUGGCUGCCUGCGAUGCUGAGGGCUGCAACCAAAGCAAUCCGGAGAGUCACAGUAUUGGAUGUGAAGAGAAUGGAGGAAUCACGUCUUUGACCACACCUAUAAUGGGAGCGACAGGACUCUGAAUGUCUUGAUUGAAGUUGCACAUACAUAUUCAGUAUUUUACCAAGUGCUGAAGGCCUUGUUACACAAAGCUGCUUAUAGAGGACUUCUCGUUUUGCGCAGAAGAAUUACGAGUCCAUUACCAAGGUGAAGUGUCGCACAGGAUGCUGGUUUACACCGUUCCAUAUUUCUGGAGCUCGCUUCUUCACUGUGUUGUACUUUCUCUCACUUGAUUUUUCUAACCUGUUUUUUGGGUUAUUCUGUAAAUUUAAUUCCCUCACUUGUCAAACGAGUUACUUGGAUCCACCUUUAUUUUCAUAUUGGUUAAGGUUACCUCUGGUAUGUCACUUUAGGCACAUGGUCAGGUUACAUGAAUGUUGCUAUAUUCUGGUCUCUAACUGCAGGGUGAAUAGUGCCUACAUUCUGUAGUUGCAACUAAUCCCCUUCAUUAAAUUUCUUUUUUUAAAUAAAAUGACAAAGCAAUCAACUGUGGUUCACACAGACUGAUGAAGCUAAAAGAAACUGUUGUGAUUCACAUAUGAAUCUGUUUGACUUGAAUUGCACAGUUAAUUUUGCAAUUGUCAAUGUGUGAUUGCCAAUACAAAACCAGUAAGUACUGUACCGGAAACAUUAGUCUCGGUAGUUAUGAUGGAAUGCAGGAGUGAGUGCCACACUCGCUCUCCUCAUUCUCAUUCACCCUCCUGGACUGAGAUCUUUCAAUGGAUUUGUCUCCAUAAGGACAGUGUAGGAAGGAAUGGGAAGAGCCAGCAAUGAAUCGUGAAUGGUUUUGAAGGGAUAUGGUACAGUUAUAAUGGAGUUCACUGAUAUGAAAGCAUUGGUUGAUGUUACAUUGCAUUUACAGUAUGUUUAAUGUUGUACUGAAAUAGGAAUUGUGAAUUAACCCAUUAUUUAACAGGAUCCCUGUUUCCAUUUUGUCCUUCUAGAAUAUUGUAUUUCAAUAAACCUGCACUAAUGUACAUUAAAUUUCAGUCAGUAAACUUAGUUUUUUUUUGUUGGUAGGAUCUUAGGAUUUACAUAUUUAGCUCAUUUGAAGGCAAAUUUUCUUUCGCUUAAUGUAUUUAAGUUUCUCUGUGUACAUCAUAGUGUUAUUUUGUUGUACAUUCAAAACAGUAUUGGGCCAGAGGGCCGUUUCUUGAUCUUUUUGUCAUAUUCUUCCUAGCAUCUUAUUAUUAAUGUGGUAUUACUAAAACAUCCCAAGGUGAUCUGUGAAGAGUUGUUAUCUUUAGACAGCCGCUUCACCGCAGCCUUUAACCUAGCAGGUGACAUCAUGCACUCCUGAUUGAUCUGGGGAAACUGUUGCAUGCAUCCUCAGCUUCCAGACUGAAUUAGCCGCUGCCAUCCAUAGGAAGCUGUAUCUUUUUACAGCACUCACUCCAUCUGUUAAGUUUUAUGUAAUAUUUUCUCCUUAUGUUAUGCAACUGUUCCUUAUUAAUUUGAUAGGGGCUCCCGGCUACAAUGAACAUCUUUCUCAGCCAUGUCCACUCUUAAAGGGAAGCCAUUACUUGGCUGCUUUUACUGUCUUUAACUGUUGUUGCCAGCGCAGUUUACAGAAAUGGGAAUCUUCUGGUCUGUAACAUCUGCUAAAGGCAGUCCAGCUCACCUCGCAAUGACAGUUGGUUAGCCUAGAACAGUGCCUUAGAUCGAUCGUCUUGUGUAUUUUGUAAGAUAAUUAACUUGAAAUCUUUGCAAGAAAUGACAAUCUUUAGCUGAACUGCCCCUUGCUCUGUGCAGAUGUUGCUUUUGCUCAGUGCUCUGUUCACAACUGUAUGUAAAUAGCAAUAUGUCUCAUUUAAAUAAAUUUUACAGGUUUAAAAUAA